AUGUAUCGAAUUUUAUCUGUGGUUCUACUCUUGUUCAUUAAUGCUUCGCCAAUUGCUUCUGAUGAAGUCACGGCAGCAGUCUAUUCCCAUGUCGGUUAUUCAGGUAAUUAUUUGGAUGUCACCAAUAUGGAUGAAAAUACAUGUCAGUGUACUCAACAACAAUAUUAUAGUUCAGGAAAUUUAGCUCCUUUUAAUGAAGAAUUAUCCGUUCACUUCAGAGGUCCAGUUAGAUUAUUACAAUUUGGUGUUUACUAUCCAAGCGGCGGCACUGUAAAUAAACGUGAAGAGAUUACCCCAGAAAAGGGUCACAUUCAUAAGAAGAAAACUGAAGAAGAAAUUGCAAUUACUUCAACUUUAUUCAGUGAACUUUCUACCCCAAAUCCUGACACUGACCAAGAAGAAUUUGAAAAACGUUCUUCAACAAGUAGCGCUUGGCAACAAUCAUCAUACUUUUCACCAGGUGUCACCAGCAAUUGUGUCAUUUUGAACCACCAAGGAGACUGGUCUAAAUGUUUUGGUAAAGCUCUGUCAUAUUGUGCCUCCAAUGGGGUUGAUAGUGCUACCAGUCCACAAGCUUUAAACGAUGUCACAGUUGGUUCUAAUGCAGAAUAUAUAUUCUUUAGCGGCAGCCAAUGUAGUGGUAACGACUGUGGAUAUUAUCGUCCAUCUAGUACUCCUGCAUAUCAUGGAUUCUCUGGCUCCGAUAAAAUGUUUGUAUUUGAAUUCUCGAUGCCAGAUGACACCAGUGGCAACACUGGAGUUGAAAACUAUAAUAUGCCUGCCAUUUGGUUUUUGAAUGCCAAGGUUCCUAGAACUAUGCAAUACGGCCAGAGCGAAUGCUCCUGUUGGUCAUCUGGCUGUGGUGAAUUUGAUAUUUUCGAAAUAAUUACUAGUUCAAGUAACGAAUUGCAAAAUGACAUUCAUGACCAGCAAGGUAGUCCUGGCAGCGCACAAGGAGGAGGAGGAACCAGUGGUACCUUCAGCAGGCCAAAAAGUCAAACUAUGAAAGGUGCUGUAAUUUUCAAUGGUGAUGACAGUACCAUUCACAUCGUGAAAUUAUCAGAUGAUACCAGCUUUGGUAGUGUAAUUGAUGCAAACACUGUCAAUACUUGGUUAAGCGCUUCUGGUUCUUCAGCGUCGCUGCCAUAA